AGUAACUUUCCUAGUAAUUCAUUGGAAAGUCAUAAACUCAGAGGCAGACAUGUGCCAUUAAUAACUGAAAAGAUAUGAAAUACAUUCAGCGGCAGAGAAUUGAUGGCAAACCUUAUCUCAUCAAAAGAUAUGAAAUAUAUUUGAGCUCAACUCCAUUGGGAGAAUCAAUUCCCGUAAUUGCCAUUGGGAAUGAGUUUGACCUAGUUGAUGCUAGAGCUGAUCUUAUUUUGGUCCUUUUCUUUGAAACUUUCACUUAAAUAUAUAUUCUCCAUUUUCACGUGUUGUUGAGUUUGUUUUGACAAACUCAGUGGGGUUUCCAAAUCAAUCUUCUUUAUUUUCAUAACAAUUAGGAAAGAUGACGCAUAUUCUAACCCAAAUUUGGGGAUGGGUGGUGCAGCCAGAAGUGUGGAGAUUUGUAGGCUUUGCCUCGGCUGUUGUUGGACUCGUCUGUUAUGCUCUAAGCUCUUCCUUCAACUAUCUCUUUGGAGAUUGGAAUCUCUUGAAGAUUUUUCUUUACUGCGUUUUCAGUUUCAUCAUCAGCCUCAUGAUUUUCUUUGCAAAAUUAUUACAACACUCCACAAGUCUUCGGUUCAAAGCUCAUACAGCAUUUCUUGUACUAGCAAUCACAUCUGCCUAUUCCUUUUUCUUCGACAAAGUGGUGAAUGGGAAACCAGAUCUAUAUAGCCUCAUUUCAUAUGCUGCCUUUGCUAUCAUGUCACUCAGCCUGUCGAGGCAAACUCCUUCCGGCUACUGCCUUAUUAUUCUCCGAUCUUCCUUUUCUUCAAUAGACGCUGAAGCAAAUAAUCCGCACUUUGAUCUCCGAGAUGGAAAUUCGGUGGUUCUUUCUAUUAAUUCUCUACAGCUCACCACUACUGAUAUUGCUAGUGCUGCUAGCAAUAACAGUAGCAUCGGUUCACCAGAAUUGGUGAUCACAGCUGAUAUUAGUAGUAUGAUGGAACAACUCCAGACAUUUGUAACGGAGCUUCGGCGCAAAAAUUCAAAUUUCAUUCAAAUGGUCUUGGAGUAUGGAAAAAAAUAUGUUGAGGAAUACUCUGAAUUGGUGGUAACCGACCCUAACUUCAUGAUGGAUGCACUGAAGCCAGAAACCAUCAAAGGCCUCGAGGAAACAGCAACAGCAAAGGUUAUGAUGAGUUCUGGAUUUGAGAAAGAUUUUUCCGAUGUGCACAUCAAUUGCCGUAGGGAAUGCUUAAAAGAGUGCCUAUUGCAUAGGUUAUUUGGGAUACAGAAGCUCAGCAUCGAGGGCGUUCGCAAUAUGCGAUGGAAUGUCCUCGAAGCCCAACUUGAGAAAUGGAUUAAAACUUAUGAUUCUGAUUCUUUAGAUUCACCUCAUUUGCUUAUUCAAUCCCUCAGAAAGCUCAAAACAAUAGCCUCCGAGAGCGAAACAAAUCGACGGUGUAUCGAAUCUGCCGGUGCUGUGGAGUUCUUAGCAUCAAUAGUAACAAAAAACAACACAAGCUGUUCAAUAACAGAAUUAACGGAAACUACCAUUCUCGAUGAUGAUGGUGAUAUGGAAGGUUUUACCUUUGACUUUAAUAUUGGUGCAGAAGAUAAAGCAGUAAACAUCCUUUACAAUCUUCAUUUAACAGAUCAAGGUUUGAAAACUCUCUUGAACUUCAAAAAUGGAGAAUUUUUAGAAUCAUUAAUUAGAUUAUUGCAAAAGGGUAGCUACGAUUCAAGAACGUACGCCGUUUUUCUGUUGAAAUCUAUGUCAAAGAUUGCUGAUCCAUCAAAACUAGCCAAUCUAAAAACUGAGUUUUUCGUCGAACUAGUUCAGCUUCUUAAAGAUCAGAUAUCAAAAAAAGCAUCAAAUGCCACACUACAAACGUUAAUUCAACUCGUUAAAUUUGGGAGAAAUAGAAUGAGAGCAGUGGAAUCAGGCUGUGUUCAAGUUUUGAUAGAACUUCUUUUUGAUUGUAAAGAAAGGAAGCCAUGUGAGAUGAUUUUGGUGCUUUUGGAGAUGUUAUGUCAAUGUGCUGAUGGAAGAGCUGAGCUUUUAAGCCAUGGAUGUGGUUUACCUAUUGUUUCAAAGAAGAUUUUGAGGAUUUCAACAAUGGCUACUGAUAGAGCAAUGAGAAUUCUUCUAUCUGUUGCAAGAUUUUCUGCAACACAUAUAGUUGUUCAAGAAAUGCUGGAAAUAGGUGUUGUUGCAAAGCUUUGUUUGGUUCUUCAAGUUGAUAGUGGAAAUAAGGUUAAGGAGAAAGCAAGGGAGAUUCUUAAAUUGCAUGCAAAGUGUUGGAGGAAUUCUCAUUGUGUACCUACUCAAUUGCUUGCUUCUUAUCCAUCAUCAAGUGCUUGAUACAACAAAGUUUAUCAGGCCAAUUUUGUUACUUGUUUUAAUUUCAUUUGCUUUUGUAGUUUUAUGAUACCUUGAUAAGAUAAGAUUUUCAUAUAAUGGUUUGUUAAUUUGUUUUGGUGUACCCUAAUUUAAACAUAUAUGUAUAUGCACAUCUAUGGCGUGAUUCUCAUCUCUACUAAGGAUAUGAUAAAUCUUUUACAUAUGAUAACUACAUAUUUGUCAAUCAUGGUACAAUUUAAUUUGCUGGUUAGAU